AUGGGCUUUAUUGGCUCCGAGGGAGUGGAGGACCCCGAGAAAAGCAGACUGAAGUCAGAGAAUGAAAAGCUAAAAGAUAACAUUGACUCGUUGCACGUCGAGCUGGAAGAAGUUCACCGAGUCCUGGAAUCCAAAGAGCAGAGGCUGGCUCUGGAUUUGGCAAAGUUAAAAUCAGAGACUGAUGACAGCAAAAAAGCCCUUCAAAAGUUGACAGGUGAACAUGAGCAACUGAAAAUGCAGUUAAACUUUGAAAGAGAAAGUGGCAGAGAAAAGAUAAAACAGUUAAAAGAGGAAAUGGAGAAAGAAAUUGCAUGCAUUGAAGCCUCACGCAUGAAGGAGAAAGGAGCCAUUGACAAGAAGCUUGAGAAUCAGAAACCAGCAGAGACUGCAACCAUGGAGCUUGCUGGGGAUACAGAGUUGGUUCAACAAAUAAAAGAACAUAGAAAGACUGAAGCAAUGCAAAAAAAGGAGAUCGAAAGGCUCAGUAAGCAGUUAUGCAUUUCCAAUCAGGCGUGGGAAAAGAAGUUUGAGAUUUUAAGACAGAGUUUCCAUGCCAUCAAGGAUGAGAUGUUCUUACGGCAGACGUUGCGGCGGCAGGAAGCAAUUCUGCACAACGCCUCAGUCAGCUUUGUGAUGGAUGCUCCUUGCUCACCACGACAGAAGAGUCGGCUUGGCAAUAGUAAUAUGGCUCCUUUGCCACAUAUAGGUGCUGGAGUCCAGCAGAAGAUAGACAUCGGCCUUCAGAGUGAAAGAGAAGCAGAUGCUCUUCCUGGAUUAGAUCCCAAAUUGAGUGUUGCAGAUGAGGAAGAUGAAGAAGCAUAAACUAGAGCUCUUUCUCUCUUUUCAAGAGGCAGCCACCCUAGGUUUUUUGAAGUUCCCAUCACAUUUAAAACAGAAAUGGUUUCGUCUGUGCACAGCUUGUUUUUGUCAUUUCAAAAGUUCUUUAUAAAUCAGAAAUAAAAUCACAGAGUUGAGGAGCAGUCAAAGAGUUUAUGCAAUAUGGCGAUGAGAUUUAUACAAAAAAAUAGCACUUCAAUAACAACAUUGUUUCAUUAAAGAUUUAUUGUUUAUAUCUAAAAAAGGAAACGGCUAGUUAGAUUGAACUCAUAGUCUUAUUAUUAUACUUAAGGAUAUUGAUCAGUUUCACACUAAUAAAUAAUAUGUACAGCAAUUCCUAUUUAGUACUUUUGAAGAAAAGUCAGUUCAUUUAGUCAGUGAAGAUAUCACGGCAAUGUACAGUGCAUUUGAACUCGCUUGGCAUGCUUUCAAACAAAGCAAAGAGAAAACUUCAAAUCUUUUUAAGUAAAUUCAUUAGAUUUCUCCCACACAGAGCUCCUAUUAAGAGAAAACAAAGGCUAUCGUGACUUUAACUGACUGUAAUUGACUGUGCUGUGAAUGGGCUCAGUCUACUGCAGCUCUCAAGCCUGAAUGCUGUUGGAGAGGUGCAGACAUGAGUAACUGUAUGCAUUCUUCUGCCACAGUAAAGAGUGCUCUAAGAAUGGUCUUUCGCUUUCCGCAUGCCACAUACAGCACAAAACCAGCGGAAUGCACAGCUUUGGAGGCGAUCUCAAUGGCUGUGGAGCCAAACAAUAAGAUCUUGGCUCUCGAACCCAUUUCAGUCUUUAGUCUUGCUCUGCCCCCAUCGUCUUCGCUCAGUCUUUAUUUCGCUUCUUCACACUGUACAGAAUAAAUGACCAUAUGAAAUGGGCUCUACUUUACAUUUUGUACAUGCUUUAAAAAAUCAAACACAGUUAAUUUUACUCUAAGCUUUAGUAUGAAGUGAUAAACAGUACCAUUGACCUUCUGAAUCUGUAGAACAGAGUGGUUUGGCUGGUAGCUGUAAUGUUCUGUAUAAACAGUGUCGCUCUGUGGCAAACCCCUGCGGAGCUGUUCUCCGAAUUCUGGUCUCUCCAGACCCCACUGACCCUAAGGGACAAGCCUAGAAUCAAUUACCAAUUUCUCUUUUAACUAUCUGUCAUGUACAACGGAUGGUUAUUGGGUUAUGACUUGAUCAGCCUGAUCACUGUGCCGUGACCCCUUCUCAGGGAUUAUGUGAUUAUGGCCUAAUUCCUUGUAAUCUUCCACUAACUGGUCCAUUGCCAGAGUCACAAAACAACUUUUCCAUACUGCUGUGCUACUGAACAGAUCAGCAUGGUCCGGACUGCUUGCUGCCCCGUUACCAUAGAAACUACUAUAAGAUGUCAGAUAUAUAUCAUUAGCUAAAACAAUCUCAGGAGGGGGUAUCGCACUAAAGAUGUUUGCUACUUUCACAGGGUUUCAGACUCAGGUUGUAAAACAAACAAAGUGGAAUUUUAGCUGAACUCCAGAAAUUAAUUAGUUUCAUUAGUUGGUGGAUAAAUGGCGAUGGCUGGUGUGUUGGAUUCCAGCAGAGUUUCACCAUAGAGGGUUAAUGGGAGUCUGGCCUGGAAGCAUUCCCAGCUCUGGCCCAAGGCCAUUUCAGCCAAUCACUCUAAACUUAUAGUCUCUUGCAUUGAGCUGCUGUUUUACACUUUUGCUUUCCCUCUGCCACAGUUAAUAUGGUCAUUCAAAGCUGGAAAACAAUUGAGGAAUGCAGAAUUUAAAGUUUUUCAGAGUGCAGGGGUUU